AUGAACCGCCUCUUCGGCAGCGGCGCCAAAGGGCCCAAGCCGACGCUCAACGGCGCCAUCAACAACAUCGACGACCGCAUCUCCUCCAUCGACGUGAAGCUCGCCUCGCUCAACGCCGAGCUGUCCUCGUACCAGACCAAGCUCGCCAAGAUGCGCGACGGGCCGGGCAAGACGGCCAUCAAGCAGAAGGCGCUGAAGGUGCUGCAGCGGCGCAAGAUGUACGAGGCCCAGCGCGACCAGCUGCAGUCGCAGGUGUGGAACAUGGAGCAGGCGCAGACGAUGCAGGACAACCUCAAGAACGUCAUGACGACGGUGGACGCGAUGAAGACGACCCAGAAGGAGCUCAAGAGGCAGUACGGCAAGGUCGACAUCGACCGCAUCGAGCGCCUGCAGGACGAGAUGGCCGACCUGAUGGACGUCGGCAACGAGAUCCAGGAGAGCCUCGCGCGCAGCUACGACGUCCCCGAGGACGUGGACGAGGCGGAGCUCGAUGCCGAGCUGGAGGCGCUGGGCGCCGAGGUCGAUCUCGAGCGCGAGAUGGAGGGCGGGGGCGCGCUGCCGAGUUUCAUGCAGGAUGAGGUGCCCGAGUUCAUUGACGAGCCGCCCCAGACGGACGGCAAGAUCCAGGAGGCGGCGAGGUAG